AGUACAGUUCUGUGGAGAUAGCCAUACAGAGAGACAGGGUCGUCGUUCCUAAACAAACCGUGAAUAGUUUCAGUCGAUUUAUUUAGUGUAGGAGAGUGCUGAAAGGGAAAGGCUAGUCAAGUCUAUCUGUGCCCGAGUGUCACGGAUGCACAAAACAUGCAUGAAAAUGACUUUCGAAAUCAGUUCGCCGCCGUCAUGGAGAUUCUGGUUAAAGAUGCGGUGCGUGAGACCACCAAACUUUACGAAACGGGCGUCCGCGAACUCAGGAUCGAAAUGGCCCAAGUCAAGGAAGAAAACGUAUCCCUCAAGGAGCGGCUCAUGUAUUCUGAAAUUAGGUUGAAAUACAUGAUGAGUUCAAUAGAAAAAAUCAAGCCGAACGAAAGAUGUCAACAAAGCGUGACAGCCGAGGAGCGUGGCGGAGACCCCCCGCGGUUUCCUGAUCCCCCCGGUCAGGCGGACGGCGAUGAAGAGGAGGAAGAGGAGGAGAUAAACCCCGCCGCCGCGCUGAAGGAAGAAAGCCCCGAGGUGCAGUUCGUUCUGAUCAAACAGGAGGACUCUGACAUUGAGGAGUGCUCACCUGGGACCCCUCCGAUCCAGAGACGAGGAGGUGCUGUGCUCUCUGCCUCUCUGGCGGCCGUUGCCACGGCGCCGGCGGCAGUCCAGGACCCCCUGCCCAUAAAAGGGCGGGCCCGAGGGGCAACGGGGCGGGGUCACGCCCCUCUCCCGCCCCUUCCCACGUCCCGCUCCUGUCCCCGGGACCACCAGGAGGCCCGACUGCGCGGCAGAGCCAGCGAGGACCAGCAGGGGACGGGAGCUCUGUCAGGGGGUGGGGCAGAGCGGGGAGGGGCGGAGCAUGGGCAGGAAUGGGCGUGGCACGUGCAGGAAGGGGCAGGGCAUGAACAGGAAGGGGCGGGGCUUGCAUUCUCCCACCACUUUCUGGAUGGGUGGGGCUGUGGGCCCGGGCUGCCACUCCAGCCGCUGCCCGGCAACAGUCGCCAGGGGCAGCCGGACGCGGCGGCGUUCCAGUGCGGCGAGUGUGGGCGUGUCCUGAGCUCCGCUGCUGCCCUGGACUCCCACCGGAGCGUCCACACCGGGGAGAGACCGCACCGCUGCACCCAGUGCGGGAAGACCUUCCCCAGCCUGCGGGGGCUCACCCGCCACAGCCAGGUCCACGCGGCGGAGAGACCGCACCGCUGCACCCAGUGCGGGAAGACCUUCGUCUACCAGUUCAGCCUCACCAAACACCAGCUGGUGCACUCCGGAGAGAGACCGCACGCCUGCAAGCUGUGCGGCAAGAGCUUCGUCUUCAAGUCCGACCUCACCAUCCACACGCGCAUGCACACGGGGGAGAAACCCUACGGCUGCUCCGUCUGCGGCAAGGAGUUCAAACACCGGCGGGCCCUCACGCUGCACCAGCAGGGCCACAGCGGGGAGAGGCGGCACCACUGCCCCUACUGCGCCAAGAGCUUCCUGGACCUGGGCAACUUCAAACGGCACAAGCGCAUCCACACCGGGGAGAAGCCCUACGGCUGCCCCGUCUGCGGAAAGACCUUCACCCAGUCCGCACACCUGAAGAAGCACGUCCUCACGCACAAGUGACAGAAAUACUCUUUUUAUCUGCACAUCUUGUGACCGCAACAUCUGCUGUCUUACAUCAGCUGACAUCGUCUGUUAUGCCAUCUUGUGACAGCAGAUCAUGCGUAUGACAGUGCUAUGCCAGCCUUGUGGCAAGGAGGGGGUUAAGGUUUCUCUCUCAGAGAAGCCAGUUUAUAGUCCAGCGACAGUCCGAACGUCAUGGUGUUCAGCCCAGACCUUGAUCAGCAGAAUGAAGUGCUGGGCUCAAACAGGUAACAGCGGCCCUGUUUGGAUACGGGGCACCCCUGCUGUCUGUAGAUAUCAACACGUAUUUUAGUCUUGUACUGAGACGUCAAAUUCUGUUCAUAUUUUGCUGAAUAGUUUUUUGACAAACAUAGUGCCAAUGAGGUAAAACUGCUUGACUCAAGUAAACCAGCUGAUAUUUUCAACUUGAGAGCAAACGGUGACUCUUGUGACGAGACUAAAAGGGUUAUUAAGACGCUCACUGAUGCUGCCCUGAUGCUGCUGGUGUGUGAUUUAUGAGCGUCCAGAGGUGGAGUUGAUGGAGAUUUAAAUGUCGCAGAUUUAAGUGGGUUUUUUUUUUUUUUCAUUUGAAGAAAAUAACCAUCACUGCUUUUAUUGUGUCGCCUGUUGGCUUUUUCUUUGGUCAAUAAAGUUUUGAGCGCCAUGA